AUGCGUCUUCUUGCACUUCUUGCAGUGGUGACCCCCCUUAUUGCUGCUCUGCCAGCAGACAAGAGGGAGUCCGGUUGUGUUGCUCUGAACAAUUGCCCUGGUAAGAGGGAACUUCUGGAAGGCAUCUCGGAGAAGGAAGCUGGCUGCAUCAUCCUGAACAACUGCCCGGAAAAGAGGGAAGCACUUGCAGGACUCUCUGAGAGGGAAGCAGGGUGUAUCAUUCUGGGUACUUGUCCUGAAAAGAGAGAGUCUGGCUGUGUAGCGCUGAACAACUGCCCUGGAAAGAGAGAAGAGGUUGCCGGUCUCUCGGAAAGGGAGACGGGCUGUAUCAUUCUUGGAACGUGUCCUGAAAAGCGGGAGCUUUUCCAUGGCCUGUCCGAGCGAGAGGCUGGUUGUAUCAUCCUGAACACCUGUCCCGAAAAGAGAGCAGCUUUGGUCACAAGAGAGUCUGGCUGUGUGGCCCUUAACAACUGUCCCUCGAAAAACUAA